AUGUCAAUGCCCGUGUGGGAGCAGCGUUGUGGCCGCAGGGGUGACCCCAGGGUCUCCCCCUUCCCACGCUUCCAUCCCUGGCCGCUGGUGCCCACAACCCCCGAACCAGGGCCCCCCGUCCUUAUCUUUCCACUGAGCUUCCGAGGUCCCGACGGGGCCGUGGGCCUGGAGGAGCGGCUUCUCAGAGCCGGGGUCCCCACUCCCCCAGGGUCCCUGCUGGUUCCUGGGGCUCCUGGGCAGAGGGAUUGCGCCAGUCGGAGAGAGAGGCCUACCAGUCCAUCCUGCGGUUCCUCCGACCCGGAGAAAUGCCAGGUGGACCCCCCCUUCCACCUGGACCAGAAGCUGGACCUGGUGAACGCGGCCGUCGCCUGCGUCUUCUCGCUGCCGCUCAUCGUGCCCAGCCAGAACCGGAAGGAGAGCGCCAGCCUCUACCUGCAGACGGUCCAGGCCUUAGACGACAUGCUGCAGGCCCUGGUGAUGGACGGCCGGGACCCCAACAUGGCCAUGCUGCAGAGGAUGCUGGAGAUCAUCCUGCCGUGGCUCACGAUGUCGGAGAAGGAGCAGGAGCAGAGCCGGGCGGCCUACACCACCUCCCACCUGCUGCGCUUCACCUGCAACUUCCCGGAGCUGUUGGUCCCGGAAAUGGUGAAAUUCAUUUACCACAAUAUGAACAGCAUCACCGAGGCCACGGCCCAGGAGACCAUGAGGAAGGUCCUGCAGCUGCUGGCCCAGGCCUACGCCGACGACGUCAUCCUGACUCUGCUCCAGAUGCAGGACCAGUCCCACAGGGGGAACCGCAAACCAUGGGAGAUCCUGGCGUCGAUUCCCCAAAGCUACGUGGCGAUCAUGGAGCACCUGCUACGGAGGCUGACGGUGCAUCUGAAGCACAGGGCGCCGGAGGCCAGCGACAGGACGCAGAUCUCCCCGCUGAUAACCAGGCAGCUGGGCCUCCUGCAGCCCUACGUGCUCAACUGCUGCCACUCGGAGGACGGCGAGGUCGUCACCGAGACCUUCCUGGUGCUGAGGUGCCUGGUGGAGCACCUCCCCUGGCAGAAGUUCCCCUCCUUCCUGGUGCAGCUGGCCUUCACGCUCGGGCCCUUCUUCGAGGCGGAGUCGGAGCCCCUGCGCCUGAAGGCCUUUGAGAUCUACGGGGCGCUCCUAGCCAAGGUCAAGAGGUCGUUCCUCGUGUCCCCCCUGAAGCACCAGGUGCUCAACUCGCUGGUCCUCCUGGUGGCGCACCUGGCGGACAGGGAUGCCCGC